AUGGGCAGUAGCAUUCAGUCCGUAGCAGUCAAAGGAGCUCUUCCCUGGGAUACCCGCGAAGCACUCCGCCAAGAGCUGUUCGCCGAUGAAAAUGCCUUCAUGCGUGCCUUGCCGAAGGUUGAGCUACAUGUUCAUCUCGAAGGUACCUUGACGCCCGAACUCCGUUGGAAGCUUGCCCAGAGGAAUGGUAUGACACUUGGCCUGGAGAGAACUGGAGUGACGUACACUUCUCUGGAGCAGCUGAAGGCUUCAUAUGCGGGUGCUCAGAUACGACCGGGACACGAGUUCGACAACGAAGAGGAGAAGUUUACUUUCUUUGAGGCUUAUUAUGGUGGUUUCGAAGUACUCAAGACCAAGCAAGACUUCUAUGAUCUGGCCAUGAACUACUUCAAUCGAGUCGCUGCCAUAAAUGUUCGUUACUGUGAGGUCUUCUUCGACCCACAAGGUCAUACGAAUAGAGGUGUUUCUUGGGAUGCGAUGAUGGGUGGUCUACGCGAUGCUCAGGCGGUAGCGGGGCGCGAUCUCAACCUUUACUGCCAAUGGAUCAUGUGUUUCAUGCGAGACCUAUCCCCAGAGUCGGCCAUGGAGCAUUACGAGGCAUCUCUGCCAUACCACGAUAUUAUCAUCGGUAUUGGAUUGGACUCAGACGAACAUCUUCGACCUCCAGCGUUGUUCGCCGAUUUGUACAAACGUGCUCGGCAAGAUGGUCUGUUCCUGACCUGUCACUGCGACGUUGCCACAGACAACACCCAUGAGCACAUACGCCAAGUGGUCUUGGAUAUCGGUGGGAACGGUGUAGACAGGAUCGAUCAUGGUCUCAACGCUACAGAGAAGCCCGAACUCAUGGAGCUUAUUCAGGACAGAGGAAUCGGUAUGACAGUUUGUCCAUGGUCGUACCUCCGACAUCAACCGGUCGACGAAGUCAUUCCAAGAAUUCGAGCGCUCCACGACGCGGGUAUCAAGAUCGCUGUAGCCAGCGACGACCCUGCAUAUAUGGAGGAUGUAUGGGUGGCGCAUAACCUCUUGUUGGUGAAGAAGAUGUGCGAGUUUGAUGACAGAGAUAUGGUGACGCUGGCCCGCAACGCCAUUGAUAUGAGUUGGGGAAAAGAGGAGGUCAAAACUCGCUUGCUCGAUGAGCUUCAGAUGGUAGUUAAUGAGUAUCUGGACGCACUACAGAUUUAG